AUGGGCCAAGAAGAAGCAACCACUAGCACCUGUAAAGAUGGCCCAGCAGAACAUUCGGAUUCAAGUUUAAGUUCACUAGGAUUUUAUGACUCAGACGCAGAUAAAGAGUACCAGCCUGAUGAAGACUCAAGUACAGAUUCGGAGGAAUCACCUACUAUGGGUCAUCUAGGAAAGGCAUGCAAGGCCAAGGAUAGAGGUAGUAAAGCUACUGGAGGUAAAUAUAAAGUGCAUCAGAUGUCUGAAAGCCCUAGUGAGGAAUGUGAAGAGCUAAAUUUGUACAAUAUUGGGCUAGGCCUAACUGACCCUAACUCUUGUUACAAGGUUGAAGAAGAGUUACAGAAGAUGGUGGAUGACGGUGUAGCCUAUCCUGUGACUAGUUCGGAGUGGGGCACACCAUUGGUAGUCAUACCUAAACAGCAGGGAGUUAGGUUAUGUGGUGAUUUCAAGGUUACCUUGAAUCAGGUAAUUCAACAUGAGCAUUACCCCUUGCCUCAACCUGAUGAUAUAUUUGCGGCACUGUCGGGAUGUCAGUUCUUUUCAGUGUUGGACUUGCAGUCUGCGUACCUACAGAUGCCUGUUGCGGAAUCGUCUCAAGAGUUAUUGACGCUAACAACUCACAAAGGGUUGUUUCGACUCCGGCGUUUGCCAUUUGGACUGUCUUCGGCCCCCGCUUUGUUUCAGGCUGCCAUGGACAAGAUUUUGUCAGGUUUAAGCGGUACGGUAGCAUACCUGGACGAUGUCAUCGUAGGAGGUUCUUCACGUCAAGAAGCGAACUCUCGUCUGGAACUGGUACUACAGCGUCUAAGUGACUAUGGGGUCAAAGUUAAUGAAUCCAAAUGUAAUUUUUUACAGUCCCAGGUGGAGUAUUUGGGUUACCGCCUGUCAGCGGAAGGAAUUAGCCCGCAAGUGGGUAUUCUUGAUGCCAUCCGGAAUGCACCGGAGCCUACUAACAAAGAUGAGCUGCGUGCCUACAUAGGCCUAAUAAAUUAUUAUGGCCGUUUCAUACCUAAUCUGUCUGCCAAGUUGAGUUGCUUUUAUGAUUUGAUUAAGAAAGAUGUGUCCUGGAAAUGGACUAAACAAUGUUCUGAUGUUUUUCAGUUGAGUAAAACUUGGGUAUGUGAUUCACACAUACUGGUUCACUAUGAUGUUAAUAAGCCGUUAGUGCUAACUUGUGACGCAAGCCCUAGAGGAGUUGGGGCUGUUUUGUCUCAUAUUAUCGAUGGUGAGGAAAGGCCUAUUGCCUUUGCCUCCAAGUCUUUGAGUUCUAGUGAGAAAAAUUAUUCUCAAUUACACCGAGAAGCUCUUGCAUUGGUUUUUGGUGCAAAAAAGUUCCACAAAUAUAUUUAUGGCAGGAUGAAUGUUAUUUUGCAGACAGACCAUCAACCAUUAACAGCCAUAUUUGGUUCUAAGAAAGGAAUACCUAGUCUUGCCGCAGCACGGUUGCAACGAUGGGCAUUGAUAUUAUCGACCUACAACUUUGAAGUUCGAUAUCGAAAAGGAUCUGAGGUAUCACAUGCGGAUGCAUUGUCAAGAUUACCCCUACCCAUGGAUGAAUCCCUGGAAUUGGAAGCUAACUGUGUCGCUCAUGUGGAGGAAUGCUUGGAGGUAUUCAACUGCCAAUUGGUGAGUGAAAAUCCACUUACUUCUGUAGAUGUAGCAAGAUUUACUGGCAGAGAUCCACUUUUAUCUAGAGUCCGUGAUUUUUUGUGGCAUGGCUGGAGAGAUGUUAAAGACCCUAAGUUGACUCCUUAUUUAAAGAGGAAGGAUGAGUUGUCCAUUGAGGCUAAUUGUGUAUUAUGGGGUUCUCGAGUUGUAAUUCCUGAUAAACUUAGAGACAAUGUGCUUCGGUUGUUACAUGACCAACAUCCUGGUAUUGUAAGAAUGAAAAUGCUCGCAAGAAGCUACGUUUGGUGGCCUGGCCUUGAACCAGCGAUUGAGAGUAUGGUUAGAUCAUGUCAUAUCUGUCAGAGUUCUCGGAACUCGUCUGUGAAGGUUCCAUUGCAGCAGUGGCCUAAGUCCACAAGGAGGUGGCAGCGUGUACAUAUUGAUUUUGCUGAGGAGCCUACUUCUAGACAACAAAUGCUUGUACUAGUAGAUACUUAUUCUCGGUGGAUCGAGGUAUUUUUGAUGAAUUCUACUACCACUUCCAGUACAGUUUCCCGUCUUCGAACCCUGUUUGCUUCUUAUGGGUUACCUGAAGAGCUAGUUUCUGAUAACCAAGCUACCUAUCCGGCUUUGCUGGUCUCGGUCAAGGAGGAGGUAAUUAAAGGUAAUACCUUUACUAGUUCAGAAUUUAGAGAGUUUUUGGCUAAGAAUGGAGUUAAAUUUACGUUAACACCACCCUACCAUCCUGCUUCCAAUGGUUCUGCUGAUCGCAGUGUUCAAAUUGUCAAGAAAAAUCUACUUCGACAAGUUUUGGGAGAGAGUGCCUCAGGUUCCAUUACCUUACAGCACAAGUUGGACAAUUUCUUGAUUUCGUAUCGUAACACCCCUUGCUCUGUAACGGGGCUCACACCAGCUGAGAUGUUCCUGAAUUGGAAGCCUAGGACGAAGUUAACCUUACUCAAGCCUAACUUGCAAGAGACGAUACAUCGACAGAAGAAGUAUGCGGAUAGGAGUAGAGGAAAGUUCCGAAGUUUUGAGGAAGGAGAAUUGGUAUUGGUUCGAACAGUAAGGAAUGAGAAGGUAUCUUGGGUGCCAGGGAAGAUUUUACAAAAGCGUAGCCCAGUAACUUACAUUGUGUCAUCACUGGGGGGCACACGGGUUUGUCAUGCUGACCAUCUACGAACCCGGGAAUAUUCCCUUCAAGAAGAGGAGCCUACUGUUCCACCCAUCCGGAGUUGCUACACUCCAGGAACACCCGCAAGGAGGAAUGUAAAUGAAAAACCAGCCUCUCCGGAGAAACAAUCGCCGCAGAAGAAGUCCACGUCAGACGAACCACCAGUGGCAGAACUUCAGCCUCCCGUUGUGCAGUGCAGUCCGCCACAACUAAGACGUUCUGACAGGACUGUGAAGAAGCCUGCGCGGCUUGAUUUGUAG